GACUGAACAGACACUCGUCGCCACGCUCCUUAGACUCACAAAUCCCAAAAUGCUCGACCGCCUUGUGGGACUCAGCAUGCUCAUCGCAGCCACUGCCAUCUUCGUCUACUACACCGUCUGGACUCUGUUCAUGCCCUUCGUCGACGAGGACCACGUCCUGCACUCGCUCUUCCUCCCCCGCGUCUGGGCCAUCCGCAUCCCUGUGAUCCUCAUCAUCCUGUUCACCACCGUCGUCGGUUCCUUCCUCUCCGUGGUCAUGAUAAGGAGCAACCGCAAGAAGGCUCUCAAGGCGCAGCAGAAGAAGGCUUCGUAGGGGACACGUUGCAUAGAGUUGCGCAGUACGGUGCGAGGCAUAUGGGGUAACACUCUGGCACAUGGGCGGCGCUUGGGAGAUAUCCAAAGCAUGAAGACUGCAAACGGCAGCACUAGGGACAAUACACCGUACUUGCAAUGCACUUGAUUGGAGUGCAAGAAGCCGCGAGCUUGAC